UGAAAAUUUAGAAAUGGGCUUCACUUCAGUCACUGUGUUCUUGGCAUGGCUUCUUCUUAUAGCAAUAUCAGGGAUAAAUCUAUCCAACUCCACAAAAUUCACCAUCACUAACUACUGCAACGAGACCAUAUGGCCGGCAAUAACCCCAAACAACUUUAGCGGCGGCGGCUUCGCUCUCCGGCCAACUCAAUCCGCCGUCUUCACCCCCCCGCCAGACUGGCACGGCCGGAUAUGGGCCCGUACCGGCUGCGAUUUCGACAAAAAUGGGACCGGCUCGUGCCAGACAGGCGCCUGCGGGACCCACCUCCAGUGCGCUGGAGCCGGGGUUCCGCCCGCCACAGUAGUCGAGUUCUCUCUUGGAGGAGAAAUCGACUACUAUGACGUCAGCCUCGUCGACGGUUUCAAUCUGCCAGUGGUAGUGGAACCUAUCGGCGGGAAGGGCAACUGUAGCUCCGUCGGGUGCGAACGGGAUCUUCUUCCCAACUGCCCGGCGGAGCUGACGUUGAAGUCGCCAACCGAUGGGGUGGUGGCUUGCCGGAGUGCUUGUGAUGUUUACGAGAGCGAUGAGUAUUGUUGUAGAGGUGCGUUUUCGACUCCUGUGACGUGUUUGCCUACGAACUAUUCGAGGAUUUUUAAAGAAGCUUGCCCUAGAGCUUAUAGCUUUGCUUAUGAUGAUCCCACUAGUAUUGUCACUUGCUCCGCCGCAGAUUAUAUGGUCACUUUUUGUUCCUCAAGGAAUCAAACACAAUGUACAUAUCAUGACAAGAAGCUUAUAUGUAAUGAAGGAAGUGGGAUGUUGAAGGAACUCUCUCAAGUGUGGAAGCUUCUAUUGUUGGCUAUUAUCACACCACUUUUUAUGUGAAUCCAUUCUUUGAACUUUCUAGUGCACAUAUAAUUCUUGAUUUUGAUUAAUGUUUUGUAACCCUAGAUGCUUUUUUAUGUGAAGUUUCGGGUUUUCGAGUUCGGUUUCAAUGCCCACAACAUUAUAUUAUAGUUUCGGGUUUU